AAAAACUGGUAUCAUCACCCAGCCUCUCAUUUACUGCCAUUUAUUAUUCUGUGAUGCUCCCCACCCCCCUUAAAUUUGACAGCAUUUUAUUUAUGAACCAGGCCAUGCCACUAAGAGAUCUCAGGUAGAGUUUAAAAAAGAAAAGAAAAAAGACCUGUAGAGGUUAGAGAAGUAGAGAGAUGGAGGGGAUAAGCCAUAGAAUGGUGAAAGUGAAUGGCAUUGACAUGCACAUAGCUGAGAAAGGCCAAGGUCCUGUUGUGCUAUUCCUCCAUGGAUUUCCAGAGCUUUGGUACUCCUGGCGCCAUCAGAUUCUUGCAUUAAGUUCACUGGGCUUCCAUGCUGUUGCACCAGAUCUUAGGGGCUAUGGUGACACUGAAGCUCCAGCAUCAAUCUCUAGCUAUUCUUGUCUUCAUAUUGUUGGUGACCUUAUUGCACUCAUUGACUAUCUUGGGGUGGAGCAAGUGUUUCUUGUUGCACAUGACUGGGGUGCUCUUAUUGGAUGGUACUUGUGCUUGUUCAGGCCUGAUAGAGUGAAGGCAUAUGUCUGCCUUAGUGUUCCAUACAGGCCAAGAAAUCCCAAGAUGAAGCCAGUGGAGAGCAUGAAACUUGUAUUUGGAGAAGACUAUUACAUGUGCAGAUUCCAGGAACCAGGAGUGAUUGAAGCUGAGAUUGCAUGUGCUGGAACUGAAGAAGUGCUAAAGAAAAUCUUGACUGAUCGCAAACCAGGCCCCCCUUGCUUGCCGAAAGAAAAUCCAUUCGGAAUCUAUCCAGAGGAACCAGUUACCAUGCCAUCUUGGCUCUCAGAAGCACACCUUUCUUUCUAUGCCACGAAAUAUAGCCAGAAAGGGUUCACUGGAGGAUUGAACUACUACAGAGCUCUAGAUUUGAACUGGGAGCUCACAGCAUCGUGGACUGGGGCACCAGUGAUAGUGCCCGUAAAGUUCGUGGUGGGAGAUCUUGACAUGGUCUAUACUACUCCAGGGAUGAAGGAAUUUGUCAAUAGUGGUGGAUUCAAGCACUAUGUGCCAUUAUUGGAGGAAGUUGUUGUGAUGGAAGGAGUUGGUCAUUUCAUUAACCAAGAGAAGGCUGAGGAGAUCAGCAAUCACAUUUAUGAGUACAUUAGCAAAUACUGAUCUGUUUUAUUACCUCUCAAGAAUGUGUCCAGAACCAUAUUCUACAACCCUGGAAGCUUUGUAGUUUGGCUUUAAUAUGAGAAUUUGGUUCCAAAGCAGUGGUUUAUCAAAUUAGACAAACCUUGCUCUAUUGCAACUUGUUUAUUUGGAUUCGACUGGUAGCUGUAAUUGUAAUAUAAUUUCAAUAUGUCAAGCAUAUAAACGCUGCAUAAAAUUAAUAUGAUGCAUAAUUACUGUAA